GCGGAACCCUGGUUGCAUCGACUGAGCGACAGCCCUUGAAAUAAAAAAAAAUGAAGAAAGCUGUGUGCCUUCUGGUUCUUAUGCUUGCGGUUACAGCCACGUAUGGAAGCCCUCGGAUCCCCAAAAAUGAAGAUGACCAUGCUGACGCAACGGCUCCGUACUGGAAGGGGAAACUCGGCUGGAUUCUGGAGCAGAUUGGCAAGUUUCUCCGACAGUCCGCAGAUUCGUCGUCAGCCUACUAUUCCGCCGAAGAUGCUGCUACACAGCCUCAAGAUGUCACCGCCGAGCACAUUAGAAAAGUUGCAGAGAUGCUCAACAAGGUAGCGGACAACAUCCAAAAGGGAGAGAAGGUUAACCUCUUUCAUUAGCGGCUGUCGUGCUUUAAUUGCACUAAUGUAAUUACUUGAGCCGUGAAGCUGUGUCAGGUGACACAAAUGAGUGACAACUGCCUGUCUGAUCGUUAUAGCCUGGACACAUAAGCAAGCUAGUCGUUAGAGUUGCAGAAAAUAAAACACGAGCUCUGGUUUCGUUUUGAACGAACCAUUUGGCAAUAAAAUAUUUUAAGAGCA